AUGUCCACCACGGACUCCACCACCUCACAUUAUACCACAACUACUCAAUCAACUACAACACAAGACGCCACAACGAUGUCCACCACGGAAUCCACCACCUCACAUCCUACCACAACUACUCAAUCGACUACAACACAAGACACCACAACGAUGACCACCACAGAAUCCACCACCUCACAUCCUACCACAACUACUCAAUCAACUACAACACAAGACACCACAACGAUGUCCACAACGGAAUCCCGCACCUCACAUCCUACCACAACUACUGAAUCAACUACAACACAAGACACCACAACGAUGUCCACCACGGAAUCCGCCACCUCACAUCCUACCACAACUACCCAUGAAAUUGAGGGAGGAAUCCGGCUGGUUGACGGUUACAGCUCAGAUGAAGGCAGGGUUGAGAUCUUCCAUGAAGGUCAAUGGGGGACAGUCUGUGAUGACGAUUGGGAUGACUCUGAUGCGAGUGUAGUUUGUCGACAGCUUGGAUACUCAGGCGAUGUUGGUGUAGCCACGGGUGGUGCUACAUACGGACAAGGAUCUGGCCCGAUAUACCUCGAUGAUGUCGGCUGUUCGGGAAAGGAAUCCAGGUUGACUGAUUGCAGUAAUGGCGGAUGGGGCAACCACAACUGCGAUCAUUCUGAAGAUGCUGGAGUUUACUGUGGAGAUGAAAUUGAGGGAAAAAUCCGGCUGGUUGACGGUUACAGUUCAGAUGAAGGCAGGGUUGAGAUCAGCUUCCAUGAAGGUCAAUGGGGGACAGUCUGUGAUAACGGUUGGGAUGACUCUGAUGCGAGGGUAGUUUGUCGACAGCUUGGAUACUCAGGCAAUGUUGGUGUAGCCAGGAGUGGUGCAACAUACGGACAGGGAUCUGGCCCGAUAUACCUCGAUGAUGUCGGCUGUUCGGGAAAUGAAUCCAGGUUGACUGAUUGCAGUAAUGGCGGAUGGGGCAACCACUACUGCAGACACGAUGAAGAUGCUGGAGUUUACUGUGGAGAGGUCUUAUUCCGGCUGGUUGACGGUUACAGUUCAGAUGAAGGCAGGGUUGAGAUCAGCUUCCAUGAAGGUCAAUGGGGGACAGUCUGUGAUAACGGUUGGGAUGACUCUGAUGCGAGGGUAGUUUGUCGGCAGCUUGGAUACUCAGGCAAUGUUGGUGUAGCCAGGAGUGGUGCAACAUACGGACAGGGAUCUGGCCCGAUAUACCUCGAUGAUGUCGGCUGUUCGGGAAAUGAAUACAGGUUGACUGAUUGCAGUAAUGGCGGAUGGGGCAACCACUACUGCGGACACGCUGAAGAUGCUGGAGUUGACUGCUCGAUCUGA